GCAGCGAGAUUAAUUUAUAAUGUAGCGUCGCAGCGGCGGGUACAGACCGGUACAGCGGGUACGGUACUAGCGUACAGCCGGUAACAGUGGGUACAGUAUUAGAAGCGCUAAAAGGAUAAGGAAAACAGACACUUACUUGUAUUCGCGAGGCUUCGACCGCUGCCGACACUUCUUUCUGUCGUUGACUCCAUACGGUUUGCCGAGGUACCUUCGCUGAAGACGUCCCUGGCUCUAAGUAGGCGAGGUAUCGCCUUUUCGAAGGCAUGACGUACUUGUAUCUCACAGUGAAACAGAAUGUCCCGUCGUGAAGAUAAAUAUUACGAUUGACGCGGUCUCUGCGCCUUUGUUUUCGGUUUGUUGACACGCAGGACCGUCCCUUCUCUGUAUAGCCCCGACAAAAUGAUAGAUUCUCGGCUGUCGUGCCCGCAAAAGAAAGCAAGAAAGCUGAACAGAACAGACACCCAAAAGCACCCCAUGAAAUGUAUUAAGCUACUGAAAAGAGAUACCACAUAUUGUUGCGUAAAAAGUUUUAACCCGCACGCGUGCCAUGUUAUGAAACAGCGUACCAAAUAUGUUUUUUUUUAACUGGAGUGCAGCGCCACUUGAGCGCAGUGGCCUGCUCGAUGUCACGCCUGUGUGCCCAGAUUGCACAUGUGCUUCUACCUCGUGGUUUCCGUACAUUAGACGCUCCGUGAUGCCGUAUUUUGUUUACGUAAAGUUUUUGUACGACGAGGUUAAAAAGGUUACCACAUCGAAGAACGUCAAAGCGUUCAACCCGAGCCACGUUGAUGACUUCGAACCAGGAUGUACGUAUAGUGUGUACUGGGACGGAGACGACAAAACACGAGGAGGGUACUAUGACGCUGAACUAUUACACAUGACAGAGAGUAAGGACGACAUGGAUGAUUUCAUUGCUGACCAACGUCACCGGCUUGCAUCCAAAAAGAAAGCACAGCAGCAACACGUGUUCAAAAAAGUGAAAAAGGCCCGUGCAGCAGCAAAAAGUGCCGUCAUGGAAAAUCUCCUAAAUGAUCUCUCAGGGGGCAAGGACAAGCAACUUCGAGAGGAGGUAACGGAGCUAAAAAUUGAAAAUGCCAGACUUCGGAAGCUAAACAUGCGGCUACAAGAGGAGCUGCUUCAUUACAUCUCCAAACGACGUGAUUCCUAUGAUGGGAAGACACAGAACAGCGGUAGCAAGAGAACAGCAGCAUUUGAACCACAUGUUGACAAGAAACAACGUAAGCAGCCACCAGAUGGAGAAGCACCAGAUAGCUGCGGCAAAAGGACAGCAGCAUCUGAACCACACUUCGACAAGAAGCAACAUGAGCAGCCACCACGUACGUGUGCUCCUGUUGAACUGACAGAGGACCAGUGGGACCAGGACUAUUCUGCAUCAGUGGGUAACCUCCAAGGAUUGUCACCUGGCCCUCUCGAGAAACCUGCCCUUCCUGAGUGUGCAACUCUACCUCCACUGCGCAUUGACGGACAGGAGACAGUAGCAGCUGGCACCGCUGCCCUCCUCAAUGACGAUGGAUGCAGCAGCACUGAACCUGCGUCUGCACUGUGCCAGGAAGGUGGCACAUAUGCUACAUUCUCCUACACGGAGGAUUGUAAGAUGCACCUUACAAAUGGAGUAUUCAUUAGCAAAGUUGCCUAUGAGACCCUAAUGGGAAUCACCAGAGACUCCCACUUUGUGAAACGAGCCGCCUCCGCUAUAUGGUCGGUGGAGGUUUUGGCUCAGAGGAGCUUCACGGGGACCCUAUCGAAUAGGUUCCUGGCUGAAGGAGGAGAGAAGGCCCCUCAGAAACCACUGACUCCUCAUAAAGUGGAAACGCUAAGAGCCUUCUUCAAUCAUUAUGCAUCAAGAAGGGGCUACACGGAGGAAGAGACCGCUACAGCAAGCAAGAAGAUCAGGCUUUGGCUUUCGCAGAAGACAUCCGAGCUGAGACGCAGCAGCGCCAAACCGGCCGUGGUGCGGUCACUAUCACCCACUCUGACUGACACCACUGGAGGUCCCAAAUAAAGAGCCAAGUUUAAACAUCUAA